AUGCAGAACUACGAAAUGGCCGCUAUUAAUUCAAUUCGCACGUGCUUCCCUCUUUGUGAAAUAAGAUGUUGUCUCUUCCAUCUUGUGCGCAAUAUGAAAAAAAAACUUUCUGAGUUCGGCUUGAUGCAGAGAUAUCGUAAUGAUCCUGUAUUUGCCACUCAAUCUCGUUGGAUCACGUCGAUGGCGUUUCUACCUAUUGGAGAUCUAACUCCAGCGAUUAUUGCUCUUGAUAGAAAUUUAAUGCCAGAACUACAGCCAAUUAUGGACUGGUUCGUCAUGAAUUAUACUGGAACCAAGUUUUUUAUGAACAACCGAUUAUUGAUUUUCUUUCUGGCCUGUCUCAUAAUUACGAAAUGGACCCUUGAUUUUCUUUGA